AUGCUCGCCAUGCAAACUGCGGAUUCUAAAAACUCGCGUUUACCGUCGAUGUCGAAAUUCUCCGGAUUCAACGCAGACCAGACUGGCUUCUCUCACGGCGCCUUCAAUUCAAACAAUCCUUCUGUGCAAAGCUUCGGAAACCGCGAUUCUCGACGAGCUAAUAUCCCUUCUAUAAAUACUGGACUUCACAGCGGUAACGACCUCGGAUCUGGUUUCGAUAUGAACGUUACACCCUUGCUCCCUUCCCAGCUUCUGCUCGGAAGUCCCUUCCAACCCGGUACCCCUUCCGCUUUUGCCUCCCCUCAAUUUACCAACUUUGGCGGAUUUUCUCAGGCAAAUUCUGCGCAUAACCAAAAUGCUCAGAACACUUUGACUAGUCCAACCCAGGCGCAACAAAAUGCUUUGUCUCCUCAAUUAUAUCCCGGUUUGGUUUCUGCAGAUGGUUUUGCUGGAUCUCAGCUGUUGGGAGGGCCACAGUCGCCAAUUGGUGGGUUCCCUGGUUUGACAAAUGCUACUUUUGGUGCAUCUAACGCUUCGGUCCACCUCGGACCGCAAAUGCUUUCAGGCACCAGCCGCACUGUGUACCUUGGCAACAUCCCGGCGGAAACGUCGGCAGAAGAGAUUCUGAACCACGUUCGCAGCGGCCAAAUCGAGUCUGUUCGCUUGCUACCAGACAAGAACUGCGCGUUCAUCUCGUUCCUCGACAGUAGCUCUGCGACGCACUUUCACUCCGAUGCUAUCCUCAAAAAGUUGUCAAUCAAGGGCAACGAUAUUAAGAUUGGCUGGGGUAAACCUUCUCAGGUCCCAACUUCCGUUGCCGUAGCAGUUCAGCAGUCAGGCGCGUCUCGGAAUGUUUACCUGGGCAGUCUCCCAGAAGAUAUCACAGAGGAUGAACUCCGCGAAGAGCUAGGAAAGUUUGGUCCUAUCGACACCGUCAAGCUCGUCAAGGAAAAGGCCAUCGGUUUCGUCCAUUUCUUGUCCAUCAGCAACGCCAUUAAAGCCGUCGCACAACUCCCUCAAGAGGCCAAAUGGCAAGCUCCUCGACGAGUUUUCUACGGAAAGGACCGCUGUGCCUAUGUGUCAAAGACUCAACAGCAAAACGCCGCUCAGUACCUUGGUAUCGCUCCUGGCUACGCUCACGUUCUCAACAGUGCAGACCGUGAUUUGAUCUCUAAUGCGCUCGCCCAGCAAUCGGUUGCUGCAGCCGCUGUUGCAACCACUGCUGGUGGCGUCAACAAUCUCGGAAAUCGUACCAUCUAUUUGGGUAACAUUCACCCAGAGACCACUAUCGAAGAAAUUUGCAAUGUGGUCCGCGGUGGUCUGUUGCACCAUAUCCGUUAUAUCCCUGACAAGCAUAUCUGCUUUGUCACUUUUAUUGACCCUACUUCUGCCGCUUCGUUUUAUGCUCUCAGCAACCUUCAGGGGUUGAUGAUCCAUAACAGACGGCUUAAGAUUGGCUGGGGUAAGCACUCCGGCGCUCUCCCUCCAGCCAUCGCUUUGGCAGUCAGUGGAGGAGCUUCGCGAAACGUAUAUAUCGGCAAUUUGGACGAGACAUGGACCGAGGAGCGUCUUCGUCAGGACUUUUCAGAGUACGGCGAGAUUGAGCUUGUCAAUACUCUGAGAGAAAAGAGCUGUGCUUUUGUGAACUUUACAAACAUCGCCAACGCUAUCAAGGCUAUUGAAGGCAUGCGAAGCCGCGAGGAAUACAAGCGCUUUAAAAUCAACUUCGGCAAAGACCGAUGCGGCAAUGCUCCUCGUCAAGUAAAUAACAACAAUCAACAACAGAACCGGAAUGGUCUUGAAGAGCAGUCACCAUCUCCUUUGAACGGUUUCAAGCAGAGCAGUAGUCAGAACGGCUCUCAGCCUAGCCCGACCCGACCAGCCUUGUCCCCGGCUCCAGGAUCGACAGGCUCCCAGGGUGGACAGCAAAAUCGACCUCUGCAGAACCUAGCAUCUCCUUCAUCCAUUCUGAACACUGGAAAUAACAAUCCCUUGACGAUGUACCUGAAUCAUGUUUCUCAGCAGGGACAAGAUCAGGAGAGCCGCUUGACGGAUCCCAUCACUUUGGCGACUCUUCAGCAACAGCAACAACAGGCUCUUGCCAAUCAGCAGGCAGCUUUAUACAAUGGAGCAGCCUCGAACGAGAUACCCAAUGGCUCGAUCGAGAGCUCUAUCAAUCAACGAAAGCCAUCUAACGGCUUUUUGAACGUUGCCAACGGCCACGCCGGAUCUACCCACAGCUCUGCCAACAGCCUCAGUGUUCCUCGAAUUCAGCAUUCUCGAGCUGUCAGUCUUCCUUCGUUCUCCCAAGAACCCUUCGGACCAAAUGUCGGCCAGCCUUCUCACGGCCGCUCCGGGUUGUCUCACCAGCCUCAGGGAAGCUUCUCCAGCUUUAGCUCCGCACUCAGCGGAUUGAACCACAGCGGGUUUGGUCUAGCUAUUCAGAAUGAGUCGUCUCUUCCUGGCUGGGCUGAAGAGGAGAUUGGAGCGAAAUAG